CGCCUGCUCCAUGUCUGCUGGGUAAAAAUCCCACCCCAGCAGCAGCAGCAGCGACUGCUGCUGCUCUUUUUGUCUCUCUCUCCGUCUCUGUCUCUCUCUCUCUGUCUCUCUCUCUUCCUCUCUCUGUCUCUCGUUACACCUCGACGGGUCCGCGUCGCCUUGCGUUGCUUUUACUUUGCGAGGGUUUCGCGGGAGGGGAGGCGGGGAAUGUCACGGAGAUGCGACGGCGAUGCAACAACGCGCGCGGCGACUCAAACGCGCGGAGGCGCUCGUACCGCAAAGGCUUCGCAAGCGAUGGCACAGGACGGAGGAGAGGGCGCACAGGGAGCCUCCUCGCUGGAUCUGGAUGAUGCUGCCCUACCAGUACCCUCCAUGCCUCCCGCGCUCGCUCGGGCCCUGGCCGCCCUCACAGCCGCCCUCUCAUUCAUCGUCAGCUACGACGGCGCAUUCGUCUUCGACGACUCAGAGGCUGUUGUGGGCAACAAGGACCUCAAGCCCGAGACCCCUCUGUCGUCGCUUUGGACAGACGAUUUCUGGGGCGGGCGCCUAAGCAGCAACACCAGCCACAAGUCGUAUCGGCCCCUCACCGUGCUCACGUUCAGGUUCAACUACUGGGCGAGCGGAGGGCUGAACCCGACGGGGUUCCACCUGGUGAACAUCGCGCUGCACUCCGUCGUCUCGGCUCUGCUCUACGACGUCUGCUGCCUGCUGGUCGGGUGGCGCGGGUCCCGCGGAUCGCCGGCGUGUCGCACGGCGCUGCUCGCCUCCGUCAUGUUCGCCGUGCACCCCGUGCACGCGGAGAGCGUCGCCGGCGUCGUCGGUCGCGCCGACCUGCUGUGCGCCCUCUUCUUCUUCCUCUCCUUCAUCAGCUACGCGGCGGCGUUCACCGGCUCGGAGCACGGGGCCGCGAGUGUUUCCGCGACGUGGAUCGUGCUGUCGGUGACACUGAGCGCCGUAGCCACUCUCUGCAAGGAGCAGGGCGUCACCGUCAUCGCCCUUUGCUCAGCGUACGAUGCCAUCGCCGUCUCUGGGAUCGACCCCCUCGGGUUGGCCAAGUCUGCACUGCAUCUUGGGGGCGUGGGGAUGAGGUCAAAGGUGCCCACCGUGCAGGGCCGCCGGGGCUGCACGCUGGCGUUCGCGUGCCGCCAGGCCGCGCUGGCGACAGCUCUCCUCGCCACGUUGGCGGCGCGGUGGUGGGUGAUGGGCGGCGGCGCUCCGGCGUUCACGCCCGACGAUAACCCCGCCGCCUUCGCCGACGGCCUGCUGACCCGCGUGGUGAACUACAAUUACCUCUACGCCCUCAAUGCCUGGCUGCUCCUCGACCCGCAGUGGCUGUGCUUCGAUUGGUCCAUGGGCUGCGUGCCGCUCAUCUCCGCCGCCUCCGAUUGGAGGAUCGUGGCGCCGCUGUGCCUGUGGCUGGCGCUCGGCGCCCUCUCGCUGCGCGCCCUGCGUGCCCGCGACGAGUCGGAGAGAAGGCGGCUCCUGCUGGCGCUGGUGCUGCUGCUGGUGCCGUUCGCUCCGGCCGCGAACGUGCUGGUGCGCGUGGGGUUCGUGCUGGCGGAGCGCGUCCUCUACACGUCGGCCGCGGGCCACGCGCUGCUCGUGACCCACGGCCUCUCCCGCCUAGCGCGCCGGCGCCCGCGCCACAAGAGGCUCCUGGGAGUGCUGUGGCUGCUGCUGGUGGCGCUGCACGUGUCGCGCAGCGUUCACCGGAGCGCCCAGUGGCGCAGCGAGGAGGAGCUCUUCUCAAGCGCGCUGCACGUGUGCCCGCGGAACGCCAAGGUGCACUACAACAUUGGGAAGAACUCGGCGGACAACGGAGACGAAAGGACGGCCAUCGCUUACUACGGACGGGCGCUGAGCCUGCACCCCGCUUACGUGCAGCCCAUGAACAACCUGGGCAACAUCCUCAAGGGCGCGGGGAAGCUGCACGAGGCAGAGCAGCUGCUGAGGAGAGCUGUGCAGAUUCAACCGGACUUUGCGGCUGCCUGGAUGAACCUGGGGAUCGUGCAGAACAGCCGGGGAGAUUUCCUCACGGCUGAGCAGAGUUUCCUCACCGCCCUGCGUCAUCGCAAACAAUACCCCGACUGCUACUACAACCUAGGCCGGCUGUACCUGGACGUGCAGAGGCCGGCAGACGCGCUGGAGGCUUGGCGCACCGCCACCCUGCAGCAGCCAUUGCACCGACUCGCCUGGAACAACAUGGUCGUGCUGCUCGACAACUCGGGGAGCAUGGAGGAGGCGGCGAGGAUCGGCCGGCUGGCCCUCCAAAGUGUCCCCGGCGACCACGGCCUCCUCUUCACGGUGGCCAACGUGCUGGGCAAGAUGGGUCGGUUUCAGGAUUCUGAGGGCCUCUACCUCCAAGCUCUCAAGGGCAACCCGAACGCCGCCAACUAUCACGGCAACCUGGGGGUGUUGUACCACCGCUGGGGCCGGCUGGAGGAGGCGCGCAGGAGCUACGAGACGUCGCUGAGGAUGGAGCCGGGCGACCCGGGAGUACGGGACAACUACGGCCUCCUCCUGCGCAGGCUCGCCCGGGACACGGCCGCCACCGUGAGCCCUCCCCGCGCCGAUUGAAGGAAACGUCCACCCGGCACUCGCUUGGAACCUUAACAACAACAACAACUUGCAAUGAAUUUGUAUAAAGCGAUGCUUUUUUGAGUGAAAAAACACCGCUCCCGAUACGGCGAUCACGGGCGUCGUUGUGGAGAAUCGAAACAACAAAUAAGGAUAUUGGAAUAGGUUUUACCCUUUUAACUGGCACAAAAACUGACACCUUUAUUCAAGGCAUCAUGUUUGCAAUAACCACAAGACAAGCAGUCAAAAUGCAAACAAAAGAGACAACUCUGAUAAUAAUA